CCAGAACAAAUAAUUGUUGUUAUUUUGAAGGAGAAUUUUUCUUUCAUUCAAACAAAUGCUGCAGAUUUCGCUCAAUAACAGCUGGUGCUGGUUUCCCGUCCGGACAUUUGAAAAACUUUGAUACAAAGACUGGCAUUGCCAGCAGGGGGCGAUAAAGAGCUCUUCAACCCGCUAUCAUCUGUGUUAUCACUAGAGGGCAGUGUGUUCCAGGCCUCCUGCUCGGUGUUUUCCGGCAAAGCUCGGAAGGUAACGGUCGGACGUUCAAAUGUUCGGCCGCAGCGGGUCCUCUCAGAGGUAGAGUCGAAGAAAGCAGCAAAGACAGACGAAGUGAGGUCCCGGGAGCAGAGAUUCGCAGUCGGGAAGCGGGAUGACGGUGCUGCAGGAACCUGUCCAGGCCGCGGUGUGGCAGGCGCUGAAUCACUACGCUUACCUGGACGCGGUUUUCCUUGCCGAGAGACUCUAUGCUGAAGUGAGGUCAGAAGAGGCUCUCUACCUGCUGGCUACCUGCUACCACCGCUCAGGAAAGCCGUACAAGGCAUACCGGCUGCUGAAGGCUCACAGCUGCUCCACGCCGCAGGUUCGAUUCCUGCUGGCAAAGUGCUGUGUGGAGCUGAGCAAGUUGGCUGAAGGAGAGCAGGUUUUGGUUGGAGGCGUGCUGAACAAACAGAAGAAUCAGGAUGACAUCAUCACUGAAUUCGGAGACUCCGCCUCUUUCACUUUAUCCUUACUCGGCCAUAUUUAUUGUAAGACGGAUCGUGCCGCUAAAGGAGCAGAGUGUUUCCAGAGAAGUUUAAGUCUUAAUCCUUUCCUAUGGUCACCUUUUCAGAACCUCUGUCACCUAGGGGAGAAGCCAGACCCAGACCAAAUCUUCAGACUGUCUGCUCUGCAGAACUCCUCAAUGGCCCUUCCCCCUUCCACUGUAAGCCCCGCCCAGAACCCUUCUCAUCGUCUGGAUACCGCCUUAAUGGAGACACCUCAAGACACACUGGAACUGAAUCGUUUGAAUCUGGAGUCGUCUAAUGGAAAGCUGACGUCUGAUUUAUCAGUUUCCUACAUCGACUCCUCCCUUAUCUCCCCGGAAACUGGCUCACUUUUGGGAAACACCGUUUCCAUGGCAACAGCUGGCUCCAUCCUGGCUAAACAGAACAAGCCAAAGAGUGGAAGAAGUUUGCUGGGGGGCCCGGCAGCGCUUAGCCCCCUGACUCCCAGCUUCGGCAUCCUGCCCCUGGACCCCAGCCCAGGAGAACCCGCAUAUCUACAGAACUUUUCAGCUACCAUGGAAACGCAGACUACAACUCCCAGCAAAAAGUCUGUGUCCAGGAUCAGUCAGUCCAAGUCUGUCUUCAGUCAGAGUGGGAACAGUAGAGAUGUUCUUCCCAUUCCCUUUAACCAGUCCCAGACGUCUGCACCUCACACCAGCGGGUCCCCUCAAGUUCUCAGUCCUAGCAUGUCUGGUCCCCCCAAUGUCCAGCCCAGAAGAAGCUCCAGACUCUUCACCAGUGCCAGUUCAACUGCCAAGGAAAACAGUAAGAAGCUGAAGAUGAAGUUUCCCACCAAGAUCCCCAACAGAAAGACCAAGUGUAAAUCAGCAAAGACCUCCAACAGCAGCAAUCUGAAUGAAAGUCUGGACAUCCUGCGGCUAGAUCCCAGUCUGAGCCUGCCGGACGCCAGGAUCCCACCCUACCAGCGGGCGGCUGCAGACAGUGUGAUGGCCUUGCUGAGGGACUUUGGGCGGGGAUACCAGGCACUGUGCUCCUACAGCUGCAGAGAAGCCAUCAACAUCCUGACCUCGCUGCCCCCCCAGCACUACAACACUGGCUGGGUGCUAACUCACAUUGGAAAGGCCUACUUUGAGCUGGCAGAGUACACACAGGCGGAACGUCUGUUCAGUGAGGUUCGGAGGAUCGAGUCGUACCGGGUAGAGGGCAUGGAGAUCUACUCCACCACACUGUGGCACCUGCAGAAGGAUGUCGCCUUGUCUGCUCUGUCCAAAGAUCUCACCGACAUGGACAAGAACUGCCCUGAGGCCUGGUGUGUGGCAGGAAACUGCUUCAGUCUGCAGAGGGAGCAUGACAUUGCUAUCAAGUUCUUCCAGAGAGCCAUUCAGGUGGAUCCAGGGUUCGCGUAUGCGUACACUCUAUUGGGUCACGAGUUUGUUCUGACUGAGGAGCUGGACCGGGCUCUGGCUUGCUUCAGAAAUGCCAUCAGAGUGAACAGCCGACACUACAAUGCCUGGUAUGGCCUUGGAAUGAUUUACUACAAGCAGGAGAAGUUUAACUUGGCAGAGAUCCACUUUAAGAAGGCUCUGAGCAUCAAUCCUCAGAGCUCUGUCCUGCUGUGCCACAUUGGAGUGGUCCAGCACGCCCUGAAGAAGUCUGACGCAGCCCUGGAGACUCUCAAUCGAGCAAUCAGCAUUGACCCCAAGAACCCUCUGUGCAAGUUCCACCGAGCAUCCAUCCUGUUUGCCAACGACAAGUACAAGGCGGCCCUGCAGGAGCUGGAGGAGUUGAAGCAGAUCGUUCCUAAAGAGUCUCUGGUCUACUUCCUUAUAGGAAAGGUGUAUAAGAAGCUGGGUCAGACUCACCUGGCUCUGAUGAACUUCAGCUGGGCCAUGGACCUGGAUCCUAAAGGAGCAAAUAACCAGAUUAAGGAAGCCAUUGAUAAGAGAUACCUGCCUGAUGAUGAAGCAGCUGAGGUGGACGACAGUCAGGACAGCAGCAUCAUGACCGACGCCGAUGACACGCAACUCCACACAGCUGAGAGCGACGACAUCCUUUAGCUGAGUCCUGGAGAAUCUGGAAAGCUGUUGCCAGGCAACAAUGCGGCAGAUUUUCUUUUAGCUCUUCCCAAUUGUCCUUCCUAAAACAGACUGUUGCUUUGGUUAUGCCCCACUCCUCGCCCCCUCCCCAGUGAUCUGGGGACUGUCCUGAUGUCUCAGCUGUUUUUUUAUGUUGUUUUUUCAUCCAUGUGAAAAUAUACCAAUAAAUGAAUAUCCCCCUA